UUACAACAAUAAUAAAUUGCUCAUUUUUCUAUACUCUAUUACUCAUGACUAAUACUCAAUAGGUAGUACAAUAAUAAAAUUAUACCUAUCCUUAUUUACGUUUAUUGUUUUUUCUACAAGUGUACCAGUGUGCGACCAUAAUCUAGUGGGCAGUGGCCAUUGUCAUGUAUUAAGUAGACGUUUCCCAACCGCCACCAGAACACACCAUGAAGACAUCCAACAAUUUAAUUUCUUUUUUGACCGUUUGUCUAGUUUUGGCGAACGUCGCAUUCGUGUUUGGUUAUAUAUCAGAUUUACAAAAUGAUAAAACCAAUCGUAUCACUUGGUGUACACUAAAUGUCCAAGAACAAUCGAAAUGUUUAAAUUUAUCUGCAGCAGUUAAUAGAGACAGACUAAGAUUUAACCCCCCUAUGGAUUUUAUGGAACUUAUCUGCAAACAGGGGCUCAAUAAAGAUGACUGUAUGAUGAAGUUAGAUAACAAUGCAGCAGAUAUUUUGAGUUUAGAUGCUGGAGAAAUAUUUGUUGGUGGUCGAUAUAAUAGUUUGAUACCAUUAAUGCAACAAUUACUUGAAGGUGGAUCUACUCAAUAUUACUCAGUGGCUUUAAUAAAAAAAAAUACUCUAAAUGAUGUGUAUAACCUUGGACAUUUAAAGGGUAAAAAGGCUUGUUUUGCUGGAGUUGGUACUCAAGCUGGAUGGAAUGUACCUAUAAAUACUCUUAUUUCUAAAGGUUAUAUGAACAUUUUUGAUUGUAAUAACCAUGUGAAAACUACUAUAGAAUUCUUUGGUCACAGUUGUGCUGUAAAUUCACUACUUGAUAAGUACAACCCAAUGGGUGAUAAUUCUGACCGUUUAUGUGUUCUUUGCGCCAGCAAAGUUUCUGGCCAAAAAUGUACAUCAAAUGAUCCAUAUGCUGGUGAUGAAGGGGCAUUCAGAUGUUUAAUUGAAGCAGGUGACAUUGCAUUUUUACGACACACAACUGUAUUGGAAAUGAUAAAGGAUCCAUCAUUAUUCAGUAAAACCAAUGAAGAUGAUUUAGAACUCUUGUGCGUAGAUGGUUCAAGACGUCCAAUUAAUGAAUUUAUUAACUGUAAUUGGGGGCCAGUACCUACUGAUGCUAUUAUGACUACAUCUGCAAAAUCUUCUUCUGCUCGCAGUUCAUAUCAAAAAUGGCUUCAGAGAGUAGUUGAAUUAUAUGGAAAACCUAAAUCCACACAACCAUUCACAACUACUUCAGACACCAACUGGAUAGGAGGAUUCAAUCAACCUCAAUCUCAAAUUAACAACAAUUUAAACAGAAGCUUUUAUUUAUUUGAUUCUUCAGCUUAUGACAAUCACCACAAUCUUUUGUUACAGGACUCAAUAAGAGGCUUAAGACCCUUAGAUGAAGUCCAACAAACAUAUACAAGUUAUUUAGGAAAUGCUAUGGAUGUUAUACUUGGAGUACGUUAUUGCCCUGUUGCCAAAAUGGUACUUUGUGUUACAUCUGAACCUGAAAUGGAUAAAUGUAUUAAAAUGAAGUUAGCAUUAAAAGUUCAACUUUUGGUUCCUGAAUUGCAUUGUUUCCGGGGUUAUAGUCAAGUGCAUUGUAUGCAAGCUAUUAGAAACGGAAAUGCAGAUGUCGCAGUGAUGGAUGCUGGUGAUAUUUAUACUGCUGGAUUGCAUUAUGAUGAAAUACCGUUUAUUACUGAAAUGUAUGAUCUACCUGAACCAGAAUAUUAUGUUGUGGCUGUAGCAAAAGAAGAGGAUCCUAGUACUGAGCUAACAUAUUUAAAAGGAAAAAUGACAUGUCACCCAGGUUUAUAUUCUGGUGGUGGAUGGAUAAUACCAAUGGCAUUUUUGUUAAGUAAUGGAUGGAUACGAAGUUAUGGAUGUGACUCAAUACAAGCUGCUUCUGAAUACUUUAGUAAAUCUUGUGUACCUGGUGCAUUAAGUAAUGAAUAUAAUCCAGGUUUACCUUAUGAUAACCUUUGUCAUCUAUGUAGAGGUGGUAGUUAUCGAUACUGCAAACGCGAUGCUACUGAAGACUUUUAUGGCUACACAGGAGCUUUAAGGUGUUUGGUUGAAGGUGGUGGAAAUGUAGCUUUUGUCAAACAUACUACUGUGUUUGAGAAUGUAGAUGGAAAACGCAAACAAUGGUGGGCAAGGAAUACUUUAAGUUAUGAUUUUGAACUUCUGUGUCCUGAUGGUACUAGAACAUCGAUUGAUGAUUACAAGAGGUGUAGCAUGGGUAAAGUUAAAGCUAAUGCUGUUAUAACUCGUGGAGGUAAUGCGUACAAUCAUACCGAAAUAAUGGCAUUCACCAACUUGUUUAUGGCUGCCCAGCAAUUAUAUGGCAGAAAAACUAUAGAUGAGUUUACUUUUAGCAUGUUUACAUCACCAGAACCAUACAGUGAUCUAAUUUUCCAGGAUGCUACCCAGCAGCUUAUGCCUAUUGAUAGUUCAUUAAGACAUUACUCCGAGUGGUUAGGACCAAAUUUCAUGCGAGCACGUCGUCUUGUUGACUGCCGUGCAUCUGGUACUAAAUCAUUACCAUUGGGAAUAAUAACUAUGUUAUUAUCCAUAAUUUUUACUCACGCGUGGUUAUAGACUUAUUGUGUUCAAUUAAUUUAUAAAAAUUGUGUAAGAAUCUUAUGGGCAUCAUUUAUUGUUUUGAUUGCCCAUUAAUUAUCAUAUUGUGAUCAUUGACAGAAUCUCAAUCAUAAAAUGUGCAUUAUUGAUUACUUGCACUUGAUAUUUUUAAAAUUAGCCGUCCAUUUAAUAGUUUUAGUUUUAAGAUUUUACUGAUAAUACAUAAGACACCAAUGAUAAAAUGCAUUACCAUAAUACUGUAAGUGUAUUUCCACAAUUUUAGAUCAAUUUGACAAUAUGUCUAAAAAAGUAUAUUUU